AGUCGUGAGAUGUGAAAAAGUUGAAGGGCUGUAGACUCAAAUUUCAAAUAUUUCUUCUUAUAGUGAGUGACCUGUUGUUUAUUUCCUAAUGCGCCUGAAACAUUUAAUGAAGUCUAUUACAAGCAGCUUCUAAGUUAGAUCCUAGAAUCACUGCUAUUUUGCAGGAUGCUGUUACUAUGCUGUGUCCAACAGUUAUGUAAGAUAGCAAUCAUGAUUUUCUGAGUUAGUGAGUGAGUAAAAUCCAGUAAGGAGAAGAAAAAAACUCCACAAAAAAGAAAUAAAGAGAGAGAAAGAGAUGGAAAUGAAGCCCUCACACUGUGGUGUGACAUUAUAAGAGCUGACGGCUCCUGUAUCUGACGUCUGAUGUGUUCUGAAGUUCACAAUGAGCCUCCGGUGAGAGGCUGGAUGAAUCAUCUGCAGAGCAACAAAGAGGACGCUGAAUGGGAGCUUAGAUCUGAAAUGACUCCGGCGUGAAUGUGUUUAUUAGAACAGGAGCGAACAGACAAGGUCGAGCAGGAGAAGAGAAUAUUAGGUGGCUGCAGUGGCUGCAGUGGCUGACGCUGGCGUUACCUGCGGAGUUGAGACAGUGGCGGACGGCUUUUUGAAGAGAGGAUGCUUUUACUGCGUGUGGCACAGCAGAAGGCAGAAGAGGAGUUUGGACCUUCUAAAAUAAAUCAACAAGUUUGAAACUAUAAAGUUGAUUUAAGAUCAGUGAAAAAAAAUAAUUACAUAGGAGCAUGAUUUUCUUUGAAUCCAAAAGUUAAUUGAAAACUCAGUCUAGUCAUAAUUUCAACUCACAUGUGAAACUUGAAAUCACAUAGUGAGCACAUGAAAUACAAUACAUUAAUUGGUGAACCUUGCUAGAUGUUCAAAGUAAAAUCAACCUUUAAGCAGCAGCAUAAUCUAAAUAAAUGUUUUACUUUGCCACAGUUUGUGUCACUCAAAACAUCUCCUAUAAAAUGUAUAAUUUUUAUUACUUUUUUUUAAGUUGAUCAUAGUGCCUGAAAUUAUUUCAACAGUAAUCCACAGCUUCUAAUUACAUAUACAAGCAGACAAAGGCCCGCUUUAUUUUUUAAGCAGAAAUAAAGUGAACAGGGAUCUCUGUAAGGUGAAUAUUUGCUAUUUGAUAGGAAUUAGGCUUGUAAAUAAAUACUCAGAAGCAUUUAAAGAAAGUUGUUGAUGAUAAUUAAAAUAAUUAAUAAUGAUGUGGUGAUUCUUAUUACAUCACCUGAAAAAGAAUCAGUAUUGGUGUUACUCUUUACAGAUGCACACACAUAGCAAUGUAGGAAGAAUGAGAAUUUAAACCUAAUUUCAAAGUUACUGAGCUUUUGGCUGAACUUAAGACAGAUUUCCCUCAGGUUUCUCCAAAUGUAUCUGUCAGAGUUGACACCUAUUAACACAGAUUAAAUAAAACACAGAUUAAAUAAAACAGGAAAGACAAGAGAAAGUUAGAUUCUGAAUACUCACGAGGAGAGCAGACAGAGAUGUGCUUUCAGUUACAAAUCUCCUACUGCUCUGAAAGCACAUUUGCCUGCCCCUCUCUUUGUAUUGUCUUUAGGAUCCCUAAUCACAGAGAGCGCUGUAACUCUAAAGGGAGGGGGAAAGACACUUCAUCACACAGUUACAGCGCCAAUGAUUAUCACUAACUAGCAACACAAUCUAUCUUAACCUAGAUUAUCCAGUUUCUGACAUGGGGUCAAACAGAGCCAGUUGUACAUCUUCACGGUGAUGGUUUUACAGCUAUCUAACAGCUCAAAGCAGGGCGUUCUGUGAAGAGCUGCUGUCACUGCUCUUCUUCAGAGAGGCCCUCUGAGAAAGGAAAUCAGAGUGUUUAACAAUACAGGAACAUUUCUUAAAAGAUAUGACUAAACAAAUAAGAAUACAUAAGGUAAGAACAUUAUAAAAGUAUAACAAAUAUUAGAAAAUAAUAUAAUUUACCUAACAGUAUCAUUAAACUUGGCCCCUUUUGUUUUAGUAAUAAAAAAGGUCUUUUUGAACAUCAUAAUACUGUUAUUCAGUAUGAUGCUGAUAAAGAGAUGUCUUCAUCUCCGUGGUCCGUCUUUGUUGUGUCCAUACUUAUACUAUUGUUAGCGCAGCAAAACCAAGCAUGUUUCCUCUUGGAAGAAGUAGGUAGAACAUGCAUAACAGAAGUAUUUCUGGAGCUGCCAAACACAAGAGCAAGAGAAUGAAAAGAAAGCAGGUGUCUGGCAGACUGAUCAAACCUUCCUCUAUAGAUAACCUCACCUAUUGCUUCUGGCGAAACGCUGCCAUCUUGUGUGCAAAUUAUCCAAUCUCACAGACACGAAGCAGUCAAUAACACACUUCCUUUCCUAUGCAAAAUAACAAUAUUCUGAGAGCAGGAAUUUUUUUACAGACAAACCAUCAAAAUUAAACACUAAAAUGUGUGGGGGGAAUCAAAUGAGGACUAAAUCCCUAAAAUAAUUUAAAGGUUUACGUGAAGGAACUGAAAUAGACGCCACAGUACAAACAAAAUCUUUAAAAGACCUUCUGGAGCCUGAAAAACCUUAAACCUUUCAAGAAAGCCUUACAUCCUAAUCACUGAAUAAAAGGAAAUGAUUUUUGGCUCAUAGUAAAUAAGCUAUGCUGUGUAAGCUAAAGACAUUCUGGAAACUAAAACAACAAUGUAAAUGUUGUCAUCAAAACUGUAAUUUAUUUUUCUAUUCAAAGCUGCAUUGGAAUAAAUAUUCUGUUUUUACAUUUACUCCUUCCAACUGCUGGUGUUAGAGAUGCUCUAUAUAUUCAGCAUUUAUCCUCUGUGGUAAAUGUGUAUGUUUGCGUGUGUGUGCGUGUGUGAAUGUGUAAAAGACAAACUGCCGGCGAGCAUUUCUUUCCCUGUCUGUGUGUGUUUGCGUUUGCACGUGCUGCUCCGCUCGUCUCUCCGUCAGGGUAAUUCGGCAUCCGUGUGUAAUUUCUUUACCAUUUUGGCUUUGAUCUGAAUCCGAGCCCUGAAGCUUAUCAUGACUUUGUGUUGCCUCCGUGUAGUCGGGGAUGGAUGCUGGGGGUAGAGUCGGAAAAGGGGUGGAGAAAAGAGACAGAGAGAGAGAGAGUUUUAUUUUUAGCUUCCUAGCCCCACAUCCAAGUGUGUUUAAUCAAGUGUGUGUGCGUGUGUUUGCGUGUUUGGAUUAGUGUCUUUAGCCUCUUGGUCAGAAGAAGGUAAUAUGCUUGUCCGAAAGAACUUUGUCAGGCACAUUUGUACAAAGAUGGUUUAAAAGUGUGGCGUUAGCAGGAGUUUGGGAGGCGGAUGGGGGGUGUGCGGGGAAAAAGAGCAAGACUGACGGACACACAACGAGAGACAGCGAGGGUAGAGGGGAGGGAGGGAAGACACUGUAGGAGAGGAGAGGAUGGAAUGAAUAAGCAAUCCUGCUUUUCCACUUUAGGCACUCGCAUCUUCCACUGAUCACAUGCAUGCUUCCUCUCCCUGAUAAUCUUUGUUCUCCUAACCUGUCCUUUAUUUUGUCUCAGCCUCCGUCUCCUCGUGCCGUCCAGCAGGUCCUCCUUUGUCCUUCUCCUCGUAUUUCCUCCGUCUUUCCCCAAAUGUCCCUUUAUGUCAGUCAGUAACCCACUGAACCUUUUUCCCCUUUCUGAUCCUUCUACUCCAAUGCAUGCCUUGACACCCAUCCAAACAUGCAUGCAGACAAGUGCACUCACAAACAGACACAGUAGCACAGUUAGAGGUAAAACAUAAAGGACAGGGAGAUUUUGUUGCCUUUUUUUGUUGUUGUUUUCUUUUUGCAAUGGGAAACUCUGUAAAGUCACUAAAAAAUUUCACCAAGAAGGACAAGAAGAAGAACUACAAAGCAGUGCAGUCCAGUGAGGAGGGGGGAUCUGGGGGGGGCCAUCUUGAGCCACUAGUAGCCCUGGCCCAGAACGGAGCCAACAUGCACAACGUGCUGGGGCCUGCAUGCAUCUUUCUACGCAAGGGCUUCGCUGAGAGCCGGCUGGCUGACCGAGAGCUGAGGCCAGAAGAGCUGGACGAGUUGCGUGAAGCAUUCAAGGAGUUUGACAAAGAUAAAGACGGAUUCAUUGGCUGCAAAGACCUGGGGAACUGCAUGCGGACGAUGGGAUACAUGCCAACAGAGAUGGAGCUGAUAGAACUGAGCCAGCAGAUCAACAUGAACCUGGGAGGACAUGUUGACUUUGAGGACUUUGUUGAACUUAUGGGGCCCAAACUUCUGGCUGAAACAGCCGACAUGAUCGGAGUAAAGGAGCUGAGAGACGCCUUUAAGGAGUUUGACACCAACGGUGACGGCCAGAUCAGCACAGCCGAACUCAGAGAAGCAAUGAAAAAACUGUUGGGACAGCAGGUUGGACACAGAGAUCUGGAGGAAAUUCUUCGUGACAUUGACCUAAACGGAGAUGGACAUGUAGACUUUGAAGAAUUUGUUCGAAUGAUGUCCCGAUGAGUUCGGCUGCGACGUUGCAUCGGACCUGGAUCCUCAGCUGGAGGAGCGCGGAGAAAGUCUGGCGAAGAAAACCGAAUUUCUCUGAACUGUGAAGACGGCAAAAACAUAUCAACCUUGCCCCAAAACUGCCUCGCUUGAGCGGCUGACGAGUCCAGCCGGGAGCCUCACUGUUAAUAACACGCUGCUGCUGUUCCUCCGAGCAUAAACAAAACCGACGGCUGCACUCGUGACUUUUCCAGAGUACAUUUUUAAAACACGAUUUCCUUUAAUAGCUGCAACAUUUCUAUGUUUUUACCGACGCAAUGGGUAACGGCGGAUGUGAUGUUUGAGAUACUUUCUGCAAACACCAACAGCCUCUUAUUACUGACUGUAGCAAUUAAGAGUAAUUAUAUUUAACACAGCGGCGCGAAGCAAAGCGACACAAAGCGCAGCGCAAUCUGUUUUAAAUGCAGAGGUUAUAUGAAGCACAGACGCAAAAAGCAAUAUAUUCCAUGUCAUCUCGUCAUGUCUGCGUGCGCGUUUUGUGUAUUGUUGAUGUUUAACGUCGAUACGGUCUACAGAAAAAUCAGAUAUUUGUUUGGUGAGUAUGUAUAACGUAGCAAUGACUUUUCUGUGACAUACAUGUGCAACUCCUAGUGUGCAGAAUACAUUCAUUUAGCUGCAGUCCUGUAAGAAAAACAUCAUUAGUACCAGAAUAAGCUUUUGAUUAUUUCUAUGUUUGGUUAUUACUUGCAUGAAUAGCAAUGAAGUAUGUGAUCAGAACGUCGUCACUAAUUGUCACUGAGGAAGUCAGCAGGUUAGUUAAUAAGUGAUGGUUUUUAGGUGUCAUGAAAGUGUUUUAUUUUGGGGAUUUUGUUAAGUUUUCUUAUUUCAAAAGCCAAAAUGUUCCCUUUUGGUGCAACGUUUGUCAGCAUUAUAUACCUCAAAGUGAGCUGAAACAUAAAUGUCCUCCGUUCUCCUCCCUAAACACAUUCCAGUCUCUGAAACCUGUGUUACUACUUUAUUAUCAGUAAAUGUAAGGAAGCAAGAUGAGCUUCUUAUGCAAAAAGCCAAAGAACGUUUACAAAACCUGAUUUAGUUUAAUAAGUAAAGCCGGGUCAGCUUUGACUGUUCAAGAAUAAACAUGAGAGAAUAUGCAUGUUUGUUGAUCUUGAGAUAUAUUUGAAAAAAGAAAUCCAACUUUGUUAUUUUUAUGUGUCUUAACUGUGUGAAACUAUGCAUGGCAAAACUACUGCAAUUUGUAGCAGAAUAUUUAAAAAUAAAGAUAUUUCAAUUGGAAAA